AUGAUAAUUUUAGGUCCAAUUACAUCAAUGUUAUUAUACAUAACUGUUUAGAUUUCAAAUGUGACUUUGUAUGAGAAAUAAAUAUCAAUAUUGAUAUCAAGAGUCUCAUACAAAGCGGCAGAAAAAGCUAUCGAUAAACUAUUAGACAUUAAGUCUGUCCUAUCUGAACCAACUUAAUUGGUUUGGAAAAAAGUUAAUUAUUUUGAUCUUAUUUAUGAAAGUAAAGAGAACAAUAGUGAACAAAAUAAAGAAAUAGUAGCCAAGAGUAUAAGACAACUCCAGCAACGCGAUCUAAUUAUUAAGUACAAAAUCUAAAUCAAAAUCGAAAAGAAAUUAUCAAAGCAACUCACAUGCCCAAAGAAUCUAUGAUCUAAAUUUGAUUAAUAAAGUUAACUAUUUUUAUGUGAUAGGGGCAUGGUUCUUACUUUGCAUAUUUGCGAUUGGUUCUAUACUUGUAACCGUGAAUUAAGUAUCGGAUAUUAAACCAACACUCAAUUUAAAUUUUUAACUGAUCAGAUUUAAAUUUAGAUUUGAUUCAUUAGUUGCUUACAGUGAAAUCAUUAAAAGUGAACAAAUGAUAGAAUAAUACUUAUAAAGUUAAUAUCAAAAUUUAGAUAUGUAAAUAGAUAUUAUAAUUGAACUAUUCAAUUAAUUAUAUAAUGGAUUCUAAGAUAGUGUGAAAUAAAUCUAUGAUUCUUUGAUUGAGAAUUCAGGAUUAAUGUAAGCAUAAAAAACAGAAUUGCUCAUGUAUUUUGAAUAAGGUUUGUGCAAUUUCAUGAGUUCAGAAAUUCCUUUUUGCAAUAUCUAAAUACAUAGUGAUGAUAAUUUUACUGUUCCUUAAACCUUUAUCAACUAAUAUGGUUUACCUGCAGCAGAAGAUAAUAAUUAUGAAUAUAUUUCUGGUAGAAUCAUCAAUAUGGUUUAAGAAUUCAGUAAGAAAUUGUAGAUGUACUAUUCUACUGAAUUGGUGAGUAGAGUAUGA